AGGUUUGAAAAGGCGUAGAAGAAGAACAAAAAGAAGGCCGCGCUCGAAGGGGCGGGACAGACCAUCAAAUAUCAAAUAUUGUCAACACUGACGAGCUGCUCUUCUACUACAGGCCUGAAAGUAUGAGUACAUUUGCAGGACGAAUGAAAGAGUAUCCAAACAUUUCUUUGGAUCGCUUCGACAACGAUAACUUAACCGCGCGUGCAUAUUUUCUGUCGCACUGUCACAAAGACCACAUGAGAGGAAUUAAAGCACCGAAGAUGAAAAGAAGGCUUCAGACCAGCCGCAAAGUCAGACUUUACUGCUCGUUUGUGACCAAAGAGCUCCUGCUGAGCAGUCCCAAGUACCAUUUUUGGGAGGACUUCAUUGUUCCCUUAGAACUGGAAAGCCCAACUCAGAUUUCUCCGGUGGAUGAGGUGUCAGGAGAGAGCGAAGAAAUUGUGGUCACGCUGCUUCCUGCUGGUCACUGUCCGGGCUCAGUCAUGUUCCUGUUUGAAGGUUGCAGAGGGAACGUGUUGUACACAGGAGACUUCCGGUUGGCAGUUGGAGACGUGUCAAGGAUGGAACACCUGCACUCAGGAAGCAGAGUGAAGGACAUUCAGAGUGUUUAUGUGGACUCCACCUUCUGUGACCCUCGUUUCUACCAGAUUCCUUCUCGGGAGGAGUGUGUGAACGCCAUCGUGCGCCUGGUGGGCGACUGGAUCGCUCAGAGCUGCUACCACAUGGUGUGGUUCAACUGCAAGGCGGCCUACGGCUACGAGUACUUGUUCACCAAGUUAGGAGAAGAGUUCAACACGCAGGUGCACGUCAACAACCUGCUGAUGUUCCGGAGGAUGCCGGAGAUCCUGAGUUACGUGACCACGGACCGCAGGACGCAGAUUCAUGCCUGUCGACCCCCUAAGAAUGAGGUGUAUCUCCACGGCAACCGAAUACCGUGCGGCUGCACAGCUUCAGACGGGACAUGUCUUCGUAUGAUGAGCAUCAAACCUUCCACCAUGUGGUUUGGAGAGAGGAUUAAGAAGACCAACGUCAUUGUCAAAUCAGGAAGCACGUCCUUCCGAGCCUGUUUCAGCUUCCACUCGUCCUAUUGUGAGAUUAAAGACUUCCUGUCCCACCUCCAGCCUGUCCACGUCUAUCCCAACGUCAUCCCGCUGGGACACACGGUCAACCAAGUCACGCAGAUGCUCCAGCAGAUGUGCAGGAAGCAGCCAGAGGAAGCGUUCACGUACAAACCACUAGGGGCGCUCAAGCGCAGCGUAGCCAUGAGAACGCCUUGUGAUUCCGACAGCGAUGAUGAGCUCUUUGACGGGAUGGACACGGCGCCAGUGAGGAAGAAGCUAGCGCUGAGCCACCACGUUGAAGACGCUCCCAGCCCGCACAACACAGCACCCCCUGCCUCUGAGGAGGACUUAGUGCAUGCGACACUCUUGCCACCCAGCACAAACAACUACAUGGACUGUACCGAGUCCAAUGACGAAGACGAGGACGAGGCGAGCGACGAGGAAGUCAACACCCGGGCGGAACGUAGCUCAGGUGAGCCCCCCAGGUGGGAGGACUUCUUUACCGUGGAGACCCUACCGGACAGCCAGAACAGCCUCAACAGCCAAUCAGAGCCCUGCUCCGUCCCAGGCUCCUCCCCCUCCAGGAGGACAGACUCACAGACACCUGAAGUGUUCAGCGAACAGGAGGAGAGCCCGGAUGACAACUUCAGUCUGGCUCUGUCCGCCUCCUUGUCCAACCAUUCCUCACAGAACCAGGACUCAGAUCCUCCUCGCACCUUCAUCCAUUCACAGAACGCCAGCGGCUCCCCGGAAGAGUUACCCGAGUCUCAGGCGUCGUCGGACUUUGACAUUCCCUGCACCCCAGAGUCCAAGAGGCCAACCCCUGACGAACUGUCUCAACUCUACAGGAAGUUGGCAUCGGGAGAGGAAGUGCUGCUGCAGACAGGAAGUCAGUGUUCUACGUGACAGGAAGUCACAGCUCUGCUUGAGGUAGUAAUUACAAAAUAAUGAUUUGUCUGGAAAUAAAGGAAAAAACGGUACAGGGGUUAGUGCAUGUGCCUCACAAUACGAAGGUCGUGAGUUCAAUCCCGGGCUCGGGAUCUUUCUGUGUGGAGUUUGCAUGUUCUCCCCGUGACUGCGUGGGUUCACUCCGGUUACUCCGGCUUCCUCCCACUUCCACUUCCAAAGACAUGCACCUGGAGAUAGGCCCCUCCCACCUCCAAAGACAUGCACCUGGAGAUAGGCCCCUCCCACCUCCAAAGACAUGCACCUGGGGAUAGGCCCCUCCCACCUCCAAAGACAUGCACCUGAUUGGCAACACUAAAUGGUCCCUAGUGUGUGAAUGUGAGUGUGAAUGUUUGUCUCUCUGUGUUGGCCCUGCCAUGAGGUGGCGACUUGUCCAGGGUGUACCCUGCCUUCUGCCUGAAUGCAGCUGAGAUAGGCUCCAGCACCCCCUGUGACCCUGAAAGGGACAAACAGUUGAAAAAUGGAUGGAUUAAGGAAAAAAGUGCCGCUGACGUGUUCUUGGGAGGAUCUCUCUCUCUCCAACAUGUUUGUGCAUUCAUGUCAUCUUGACCUCUGACCUGGCUUUAGCUGAAGAAUGACUUGAGCGUGAGCAUCAGCCCGAGUCCCAUAACCGUCAUUGUCUGGGUGGGUUUAUUGCUGGUCCCCGCCGCCUCCACUCGGGGUGACGGGUUGAUGGUCGUCAUGGCGAUGCGACGCAGCAGGAAGUCGUGUUGGAGGGCCGAGUUGUGGUCCGGACCGUAUGGCACGUAAAAGGUCUCCGUCAACACACGGUGACCUGGGUACGUCACCUGACAAAGACAGGAGGUCAGAGUUGAAAAGGUUGUUUGCACGUCCACCACUGGAGGGCAGUGUUACCGUGAAGGUGUAGGUUCCAGGCAGCAGCAGUCGGUAGUACUCUCCAUGUUUGUCCGUCCUAAAGGGACACAUGUUGCGGCGACCUUGGACCUCCACCACAGCAUUCUGCACCGGCACUCCAGAGGCAUCAAACACACGCCCUUUGACCCCUGAAUGCAGAUUUUACAGCGCUCGCUCAGCAGGACAUUGAAGCGUGCAGUAGGUGAGCUCGGCUACUGACCCAGGUGCACCUGCUGGAUGAAGGCCAGCAGACUCUUCCUGUUGUCUAACCACAGAGCAGGAAGUUGUUUGGCUGGAGGGAACUUGCAGCAGGACACUUCCAAAGUCAGCUCCAGACACUGAGCCCACACGUAGUUGUAGUCCUGCAUCCCACCUGGCAAAUGGACAACAUCAAGGGGCGGGGCUACUUCACACAGCACAGGGGGCUUUCAUGCCAAUGUGAAGCAUCAUGGUGGUGCGCCGACCUGACAGGGGGUACCACCGGUAGCCGUUGGUGAUGCCGUCGGCAAACGACACAUCGUCGUCACAGCCCCCUCCCUGAUGCAUGGAGGCGUGGUUGUGGGAGUAGACCUUGGCCAGGUGGACGAACACGUCGUUGUCCGGCGUGAGGCUGGCCCGACCCACCAGCUCUUUGCCUGGACGCAGUGUGGAUACAUCACAAGCUCUGCCACGGCGGUCACGUGACAGCGACCGCUGUGUGUUUACCGCCAUUGCUGUUGUCGUAUGGGUAGUUUGCCACCAGAGCGCCACCGUGAAGGUUCGCCGAGAGGACAAAGGUCUCCGUCUUCAACCAGCCUAUCACGGCCUGCACCUGCAAGGACAUGCGCGUCAGGCCGGCGAGCUUAGAGUGAUGUCAUCAUCAUUAUCAUCACUCACCUCAGCCUCUCUCCUCUCCACGUCUGCCGGCUGACCCUCCUGCAGGACGGCAAAGGCGUCCGGGAAGUUCCUGUUCAAGUCGACGCCGUUACGGUUGAACCUGGCCAAGAAUCACUUCAUCGAAUCAGCCCAACAAGCCUAACUUGUUUUUACCAUGAAGUUCGCACACGCACGCACGCACAGGUUAUCAUUUGGAAUGGGGAGCAAGUUUUUGAUCAUGACUUGUGAGGACCAGCCUUUCUCCAGGUUGUGGAGGCAUAAAAAAAAGUGGUGUAAAAUGUCCACUGGCCAGUUAGCUCAAACACGUCUUUAAAUCUCUGCAUUGAUGAAGUCAUGUGCUGGUCAUACUUACUGGGGACCCUGGGAAAAAAGACUUAAUGUCAUGAUCUGUGGUCUGGGUUAUGUAUUUGUUAUUUUUUGUUAGUUUUGGACUCUUUUAGUUCCUGUUUGCGCUGCCUUGUUUGUUUAGUUACCAUGGCGACUCAUUACUUUCUCCUGCCGCUGGUGUUCGGACACACACCUGCUCUAAUUAAGAGACUAUUAUUCAAGCCUGUCAGUCAUCCUGGCGUCAUUGCUCUUUUCUUGCCACAGUAAGUCUUGCUUAUUUAAUAUGAUUCCAUAGUUAAUGCUAUUUGUUUCAUGCCAUAGUUUAGUGUGCUUUUCAUGUAUAUUACAUUGUUUGUCUUAGCUUAUUGUGUGAACGGCACGCUUUCUUUUGUUUUGGUUCCUGUCAUUUCUGCUGUGUAGGAUUAAUUUAUUAUUGAAUAUGUUCCUACCUUCAAGUUCUGUCCGGAACAGUCUGGAGAGUUAAUAUGGUUCAUGGGGACCAAACUUAAAUAAUUUUGCGUAAUUCACACAAAUUUGUAUGUGACUACUGAGGACCAUUUAAAAGAAAAAAAAAAGUUCAAUUUUAUGGAUAAAAAUGCCAACAUGGCACUGCCAUAUUUAUUAUUGAAGUCACAAAGUGCAUUAAUUUUUUUUAACAUGCCUCAAAACAGCAGCUUGGAAUUUGGGACAUGCUCUCCCUGAGAGAGCAUGAGGAGGUUGGGGGUGGCGGGGAGCAGGGGUGUAUGUUGUAGCGUCCCGGAAGAGUUAGUGCCGCAAAGGGUAUCUGUUCUGUUGUGUUACGGUGCAAAUGUUCACCCGAAAUGUGUUUGUCAUUCUUGUUUGGUGUGGGUUCACAGUGUGGCGCAUAUUUGUAACAGUGUUAAAGUUGUUUAUACGGCCACCCUCAGUGUGACCUGUAUGGCUGUUGACCAAGAAUGCUUGCAUUCACGAGUGUGUGUAAAAAUCCAUAGAUAUUAUGGGAUUGGGCUGGCCCGCAAGGGCAGAGCCUUUAAGGUUUAUUGGCGCUCUGUACUUCUCCCUACGUCCGUGUACACUGCGGCGUUUUAAAAAGUCAUACAUUUUACUUUUUGAAACAAAUACCGAUAAUUUCCGUUGUUACAUUUUAAAGCACUUAUCGGCUACUCAAGAUGCAAAAAAAUGCUUACGUUCAGAAGGUUUUAUGGAUAUAGGUUCGUAAUGCAGUAAAUGUUUUAUGUGAAAAAACAAACAUCAAAACGGUGGAGAUCGUUUAUAAUCAGACCCUUAAAGGGGAACUUUUUUUUGGAAUUUUGCCUGUACUUCACAAUCAUUAUGAAAGACAUGACAGAAAUUUCUUAUAAAACAUUCUAAAUUGUAAAUAAACAUAAAUAAUAGUCCGCUUAAAGCAGAGCCAAUUAAAAAAAAUAUCCCAAAAAUGUGCAACAAAAAUACUCCAUUUGCAUUUUGUGACCUUAAUAUUAACCAAGUAUUAAUGAUAACAUUUUUAUUAUACGCACUAACGCAGACAAACUAUUUAUAGCGUGGCCGUGAUCACAAGCUUUGACUGAUAAGCUGCUUCCUCUCUUCCUUGUUUGUCAAACCUUAUUCGAGAUCAUAAAAUCAUGCCUCUCAUCUGGAUAGUAGAAGGAUUUUCAAAAGUAUUUCGACAAGUUGGUAUACUUUGACAGCUAAUUUAGAUCCGGAAAUGGUGAGAACUACGCGAAAAGACGCUUGGUCCCACCCGUGUUUUGUUCGAGAGGAUUAUGAGUCAUUCUCCAUCUAAAUGAGAAUAUUUGACCAUCCAAGCAGUCAGCAUCCCAAUGACAGCAGACCUUGUACAGUAAGUGAUGUUUUAAGUUUGUUGGCUCUCAGGAAGCAUGCAGUGAGUAGUAAUCAGUGAUGUUGAAAAACAAGCCAACGUAAUUUUGAAAUGAAUGCGCCGAUUAUGGUUAAAAUGAGCAAAAUACGUAAAUAUUAAAUAUUAUAAAUGUUCCUUUUGCUAUAUUACAUACAUACUUACAGCAUGUGUAUGAAACCUAAAUGGAGGAUCUUUUUAAGGGCUUUACAAAGAGCGGCUCCCUUAAGCUCCAUUGUAAGUGGACUUUUAAUCGCAUUCAUUUAAUAUUCAGAAUGCAUUAAAAAAAAAAUCCAUCAUGUUUUUCAUAAUUAUUGUGAACAAUAGGCAAUAUUUUUUUUAAAAGUGCAGUUCCCAUUUCCGUCAUCCAUCAGCUAUACAAUUAUAAAAGGAUAUUGCUGUAAUUGUGUAAUAUUUGCUUUUCCUGGUAGUUCCUGAUAUGUUGAAACGUACACGCAAGGCGUAGGAUUCUCUGGCCAUGCAGCGCGAGCGUUCGUCUUUUUCCAACGUGCUAAAUAAAACGCAAAACAGCGCUUCUGAAAUGGCGACGGGUGUGAUGAAUCACCCGACUCGUGCUGUUUAAGAUAUGUGCAUCUUCUCCUCGCAACAGUGGAGGCGCUUUAACGCUCAGCAUAUUCUGCAUAUGACUGAAGACGGACGCAACAUGGAUUGUACUUCAAUAGAUGAGCUUUGCACGUGAUAUCAUGUUUGCACAUGUUUUGAUGUACACACAAACUUUCAGUAAAUCAGGCCCCUUAGUGCAGUGUUUUUCAACCACUGUGCCGUGGCACACUUUUGUGCUGUGGGAGAUUAUGCAGUUUCACCGAUUUGGAUUUAAAAUAUUUUUUGCAAACCAGUAAUUAUAAUCUGCAAAUAAUGUGGCGUUGUUGAGCGUCCACCAUAUCAGUAGGUGGCAGCUGGUAGCUAAUUGCUUUGUAAUGCAGGGAACACAUCGUGUGAAACAAUGGUUUGUCCUGAUCACAAUAUGCAGGCGACAGCUGGAGGCAGUGUGCAGGUAAAAAGGAGUCUAAUGCUUAAACCAAAAAUAAACAAAAAUGUGAGUGCCCCUAAGAAAAGGCAUUAAAGCUUAAAGAUAUAUAGAUAGAUUGUACUUAAUUGAUUCCUUCAGGAAAGUUCCCUCAGGAAAAUUAAAACGGUUUGGAUGGUUAUGAAACUAAAACUGAACUGGCGACAAAGUAAACAAAAACAGGAUGCUGGAUGAGAGCAAGAACUUACAGCAUACAAGACAUGACAACAAUGUCCACACAAAAAAAGGUAGCAACAACUUAAAUAGUCUUGAUUGCUAAAACAAAGCAGGUCUGGGGAAUAUUGCUCAAAGGAAGACAUGAAACAGGAAGCGCCACCAAAAUAGGAGCGCAAGACAGGAAGUAAAACACUAAACACGGGAAAACAGCAAAAAAGUGCAAAUGCUUCAGGGUGUGAUGUGACAGGUGGUGACAGUACACCUACUUUGAGACAAGAGCUGUAGACGUGCAUGCUUGCUUAUGCUUUAAAUUCCAUCCAUCCAUUUCCUACCGCUUGUCCCUUUUGGGGUCGCAGGUGGUGCUGUAGCCUAUCUUGGCUGUAUUCAGGUGGAAGGCGGUGUACACCCUGGACAAGUCGCCACCUUGGUUUUAUUUCCAGACAUCCAUUUUCUACCGCUUGUCCCUUUUGGGGUGGCGAGGGAUGCUGGAGCCUAUCUUGGCUGCAUUCAGGUGGAAGGCGGUGUACACCCUGGACAAAUUGCUACCUUUGUUUAAAUUCCAUCCAUAUAUUUUCUACCACUUGUCCCUUUUAGGGUUGCGGAGUGUGCUGGAGCCUCUCAGCUGCAUUCACGCGGAAGGCGGGGUAUACCCUGGACAAGUCGCCACCUUGGUUUAAAUUCCAUCCAUCCAUUUACUACCUCUUGUCCCUUUUGGGGUCGCGGGGGGUGCUGGAGCCCAUCUCAGCUGUAUUCGGGCGGAAGGCGGGGUACACCCUGGACAAGUCGCCACCUUGGUUUAAAUUCAUACCCAACAAUUGUGACGACGACUUUUUAUUGUCUACUAAGUUUCAUUUUUUUUAUGAUUUCUGCUGGUUGUGUGUCUCCGCAUUUUUUUAAUGCAAAUAAAUGCGCCUUGGCUCCAAAGAGGUUGGAAAACA